AUGCCUGAUAUGUGUUUUACUCCACCACCACCACCACAAGUACCACCACCACAGCCGCCACCGCCCCCUCCUCCUAUUUGCCCCCCUACAACUACAAAAUGCAGUACUAAAAACUACUGUACCACUCCUUGUCCACCAGGUAAAAACAUAUUUGGUUUCGUAAAUAAUACCAUCUACUUUAUUUCAAUCGGAAACAAGAGUCAAUUGCAGGAAAUCAAAAGAGAUUCUGCCAAAUACAAAUACGAUGACGAUAUCCCGGCAAAUGAUGAGACUGGAGACUGGAAAAAUUCAACUAAAAAAACCACCUCCACCUCCUUUACUACCGAAUCUUCCAAAAGCAAGCAUACGAAAAAGUUGACUACUGACGAUGAUAAACAUCUAAAUACUGAGAAAAGUAAACCACCUGCUGCCACCACUGAACACCACGAAAUUUUGGCUGAUGAUAAUCCAGAUACUGAAGCCACUGAAGAUGAUGAAAAUUCAAUUACCAAGAAUAGUGAAGACUCCUCCAGCUCCUUUACCGCCGUGCCUUCUGAUAUCUCUAUCACCGACGACGCUGCCGCUUCUAGCGAAGUCUCCGCCGAUCACUCUGUUAUCGAUACUCACACCCCACCCCCUGAAGACACUUAA